AGACUUGUUGUUUGAAAUUUGAAUCACAGUUUCUCCCGUUGUCGUUCAAAUCAACAAUCAAGAUGGGUAACAAGUGUAGUAGUCGUAAAAAGAAACCGAAAUCAACCCACGAACUCAACAUGGAAGCUCGUAUGGAGCUGGUCAAUAAAAAGGAAAACGAAGUUAAAUUCGACGAGAACCUUUGUGCGCAUGACAGGAUGGAUGCUUCGGUAUCUAAUAAAAGGUUACGCCGGUCUAAAUCAUGUCUUACAGAAACUGAACUUCUAGCAAUUGCCACAGAUCCAAAGGAUUUUGUAUUUGAUUUUGAGAAUCUUGUUCUUGAAGGAGGAGGAAAUAAGGGCCUGGCUUACUGUGGAGCUAUAAAAUACCUUCAGGAAGUUGGGGUGAUGAAAAACAUCAAACGAAUCGCGGGAGCUAGUGCGGGCGCCAUGACAGCUGCUUUGAUAACAGUAGGGUAUAAUCCAGAUGAAAUUGAGGAAUUUUUGGGAAACAAUAUUUCUGACGUGUUCAUAGAUCACAGUUGUGGUUACUGCAGUCUUCUACCAAAUCUCAUUUCUGGAUAUGGGUGGAAUCCUGGGAAAAAAAUCUAUAAGUGGUUUGGCGAUAAAAUGCGACUUAAGACGGGCAACCCGGAUGUGACGUUUCAAGAAGUUUAUCAACAGUUUGGAAUAGAGCUAUGUGUUGUUGUAACAAACUUAAGUCUAAUGACCACUGAGUAUUGUCACCCUAAGACCACGCCCAAUAUGGCUGUACGCUUUGCUGUUAGAAUGUCCAUGGCCAUUCCCGGCAUGUUUAGUGCUACUAAAUUCACGUCUUACGGCCAAACGGAUGUAUACGUCGAUGGUGGCGUCCUCUGCAAUUAUCCCAUUCAUUGUUUUGAUGGUUGGUAUCUAUCUAUGGAACCGGGUAACAGUUUUAUAGAAAAGCUACAACCAUUAAGUGAAUUACCUCGUCUCUAUGAUAAAACAGAGCGAUUCGGAACUUUUAAUCCCAAGACUCUGGGUUUUUUAUUAUUUGCCGAUAAUGAAAGUGACAUAUUAAGAUAUAAUUUAGAAAAGAGAAUUGGAGUUCUGCAGCCAUUAAAACCAUCUUCGUCCACCAAAUUAUUUGAAGAAAAAUCAAAGAAGAAACAAAAACAAGAUAAACUUGCUGUCGAACAUGGACAUGUAGUUAGAGCUGUUGAUUCGUUUCUUAAGGUACUCAAACGACAUAACAUAGAUAACAAUGACGAUAUAACACUAGCAGAAUUGGAGAACGCCUUUAAAGAUGAACAGCUGACAAAAGAAGAAAAGACUCUGUUAUUUGGUAAAGAUAUCGAUGUCCAUGAAGCUUUUCAAUUGUUGGAUAACGAUAAAAGUGGCCAGAUUAAAUACAGCGAGCUUAUUCAUUUUAUCGAAUCAACUGGUAUAUGUUUUCAGACCAGAUUUUUAGGUUAUCAGCGCAAGGACGUUAAAAACUUUGUGUCAUUCCUUGAUUCUCUGCAGUCAACUUUAUUAACAAACGUUAAGAGGAUUUAUGUAGAUGAGCGGGAUAUGAAAAGGACAGUGGGAAUUAAUACCGGCCAUAUUGGAACCACCGAUUUUAAGUGUGAAGAAGCUGAUCACGAGUUCGUCGUUGCACGUGGUUAUAAUGCAACCAAAUCGUACUUACAAUAUUACGCUGUAACACGCGAUCUUCCUAAAUCUUCUCUCUCUAAGCCAUGUUUGCCUGUAAUAGCCGAAGUUACCAAACAAGAUAAUGACUUACCGCAUGUUGAAGCCAAUAAUGUAAUUAACGAGACGACCCACAUGUAACAUCCUCAAGACAGAAACUUUAACACUCACGACUAAACGCAACAUUGUGAAACCACCCCUAUUAAUGAAAUCAAUCAAAAUAA